AGAGUCAGAGACUGAGGUGAAAAUUGUUUACGUUGAUGUAAACUCUGGAUCUCGCGGACGGUUUUUACACAUUUUUCCUCUGCCAUGGAAGGCGUAGGGUCAGAGGUCAGCCUUAAGAUAAGGUCUGCAAUCAAGGCAAAACUAGUGGAGCUUGGUACAUAUGUUGAUGAGGAACUGCCAGACUACAUCAUGGUGCUGGUGGCGAAUAAGAAGACGAAGGACCAGAUGGACGAUGACCUGAGUCUCUUCCUGGGCCACAACACUGAGCGCUUCACAUCCUGGCUCCACCAUGUGCUUCAAAAACUCAAUGCAGCUGCACUUUUGCAAGUCACAACACCACAAACAGAUGACACUAAGAAGAAAGAUGAAGAGGAGAAGAGAAAAGAAAGAGAAGAAGAAAAGAAAAGAGAAAGAGAUGAAGAGAAGAAACGUGACAAAGCAGAAGAAGGUAAGAGAGCCAAAGAGGAGGAGAAGAGGAAGCAAAAGGAGAAAGAAAAGGGAGAGAGGAAAAGAAAGUCUAGCGAGAAGAAGGACGAUAAGAAGGAGAAAAAACUAAAGAAAUCAGAAUCUCCAGAAUCUCAGGAUAAAUUUGUCAAGGAGAAAAAAUCAGUCGUGGAGCCUGUGAAGCUCACCAGGUCAAAAGAGGUCAGCAAAGAAAAGGAGAACAAGGAAAGAGUCAAAAUAACAGCUCCUCAGGACGAACCAUCCUUGGAGAAAAGCCAACCUCCAGUAACCUCCACAGUGAGUUCCAUCGGGGGCAAAACCCUCAAGAAGAUCAAGCCGCAGAUGAGGGGCAAAGUAUCGUCGGCAGACAUUUUCCGUGCCGAAGCUGCGGGCGGAGGGGAGACAAUGAAGGAGGAGGAGGAGGAAGAAAUUGAGGAAGAUAUGCUUGAGCUUAGAGCAGAUAUUGAUGAAUUGGUUCUUGAACUGGAAGAGGAGCCUGCUCCAAGAAAGACCAGAAUCGACCAGAAACAAAAGAAUGCAGCCUCAAAACCAGAAGUAAGAGUGGAGGUGAAAGCAGAGGCCAAGGUUGAAUCCAAGGUGGAACUCAAGACAAAGACAAAAUCCAAGGUCGAGCCCUCCAACCCCCCAGCCCGACUGUCUGCAAAGGAGAGACUGGGAACAGCUGUUGCACAAAAGACAGAGCAACCUAAGGAGAAGGUGUCUGUGUUAGAUCGCUUAGGAAGUUCAACAUCUGGUGGUCGUCGCGUGAUCAAUUUGCGAGAGGAAUCAAGUUUCCCUCCUCGUCCUGAGCCUUCUUCUACCACAGCCAGUAGUGGCAUGGCUCGGGCUGUGUCUAGUGCCAUAACUUCAGCUCAAAGAUCUGUGUGUGUUCUGCCUUCAUCCACAACUUCAUCUGGUAAAAAGUUAGAGGCCCGUGUGAGACCUCUCAUGUCAAAGCACAUAGAAUCAAGAAAUGAAUCUUCAAGUAGAGAUAGAGAUGGACAGUCAAGAGAGGUUUCAAGCCGAUCGACCUCAAGAGAUGUUCCCAGUAGAGCGACAUCAACGAGGGUGGUGUCAGCUGUAGGAGCAGUCCUAAAAAGACCACAUAGUCAGGUGGAUUCAGAUGAUGAGGGAUAUGACCCCAAGAAGCCUCAGUUGAGUGGCAUGGCCAGCAAAGUAGAGGUAACUCCAAGGCCUAGACGCCCAGGUGCCAUCCAAGCGAAUACAGCUCUUAUCCUUCGAGCAAUGGCUGAUGCACACAAAUCCGUAAACAGACCAUCAAGGAACUUGCCAACAAAAGCAGAGCCUGUUCAAAAAAAACAAAAGGGUGAAUUGUUUACCCGAGGGUACCGUGAACGAGAACAGGCCCGCCAAAAGGACCUCCCUACUGAAGGGGAACUAAGGGUCAGAAAGAUUGCCAUCACAGUCCCUAAUGCAACAAGGAAGGAGAGUGAAGAGCAGCAGAGAGAUGAAGAAGAUAAGGAGGAGAUGAUGCCAGGAAUCACCAGCUCUUCAGAUGCGCUGGUGAAGGAAGAAGCAAUGGAAGAUGUUGUUCAGCAGGAGGAAGUCUGUGAUGAAAUGGUUCCUGAAGUUCCUUAUGGUAUGGAAGAGGUUGAGGAAGUUGAAGUUGAGGAGGAGGUAGUUGAUGAAGGAAUUGAGGAGGACCAACCUCUCCCUGGCUCAGACCCCCCACAGCCAGUAGUGCCUCAUGUUGCAGGGAGAGAGAACACCAAGUUCAUAGUGACACUUGAAGGAGUGGAUACUGAUGUUUUUGAGAUGAGAGAUGAUCCUCCUGACAUUCGGUCCCGCCUUGGAGCUCGCCCCAUCCGCAGUGAUAGUCUUGAGGAAGUCGAGGAGUACAUUGAAGAAGUAGAGGAGUGGGAAGAAGAGGAAACUUCAAGUGACAUGACCCGAGGAGGCUCAUUACCUGGUGUUGGUCUAAUAGCAGGUGUCAAACCCCGGCUCAAGAGUGCCAUCUCAGUGUCAUCAGGGCAAGAUGGAGGUGGAGGCAACAAAUUUGAGGAGCGCUGCAGGUACUGGCCAGCAUGCAAAGCGGGAGAUUCAUGUCAAUAUCAUCAUCCCACUCUUCCUUGCAUAUCCUUUCCAUCAUGCAAAUUUGGUGAUAAGUGCCUGUACAUACAUCCUAACUGCAUAUACGAUGCGGCUUGCACACGAAGGGGCUGUCCGUACACCCAUGCAAGCUCAAGAAGCUUAGCUCUCACAACAGCUGCCGUCAGCAUCAAACACAAAAUACCCCCAAGUAGACCUUCCAAGAUCAAGUGUAAAUACUUCCCAAAAUGCACCAACAUGUCCUGUCCAUUUCUUCAUCCAAAGGCUUGCUUCUAUGGCAUGUCAUGCACUCAGGCCAGCUGCCCCUUCACCCAUCCUGAUGUCACCAUGCGUUCGAAGCUGAAGUGGAUUGCCCCAAAGAGCACAUCGCAAGUUUCGGCAGCAUCUGCGCCAACAGAUUUGAUUAAAAUACAAAACAAAGAAAAGGCUGUAAAAGAAUAGUGUGGCCUUCAGACCACAAAGAAUGAUAACAAAUUCUAUUUGUAUAUUCUUAAAUCAUCGCUUUGUAGCUGAGUAGCUAUGUAGGUUAUUUAGAUAGAUUAUCAGCUGUAUUUAAUCAGAGUGUUAGGAUUGGUAGAUGUUUGAUAGAUAUAAGUUUUCAGAAUGGUAGAUAUAUCUUUUUUGAAUGGUUGAUGACAAUUCAUUGUCAGAGGAUUAGUAUUGUUGAUAAAUACUAAGAUAAAAUUAUACAUUAGAAUGGCAGUAUUAAAAUAAACACUACCAUUGGGGUUUUCUGAGAAAUGAAAUAGUUUUACUUCUGUAAGUGUAAAGCUAAUAUGGAUAAGGGGAAAGAACAAGAGGAUUAAAGAAACAAAAGAAGUGAAAAGAUAGGCCUAAGUCAGAGUAUGGUCUGUUAAAGAAUAUAACUAAUGUUUAUAUUUAGUUGUAAUGUUUGUGGAUGAAUUAAGAAUGGAGGGUGUAAGAAUGUUCAUAGGAUGUAGACUGUAAAAGAAUUUCUCUUCUUUCCUUAUUACACAGAUGAGGGUCAUGCCAUAGAUAUGAAGUAAUAUUUCAUUUUCUCAAGAACAGAUACUGUGUAGUGGUUAUAUUGUAUAUUGCCAUUUUUAAUGAUAUAUGUUGUUAAGUCAAUUUUACAUAGGCUGUGUUGAGGCAGUGAUGUGCUCGUACAGAAUUAAGA